UAGUAGCUUCGCCUAUGGCAUCAGUUUCCGGUUUACGUCUUUUGUUUAUCAAGCAAGCUAGUUGUCGGUGUCCAAACGAACAGGGAGAAAACCGGCUUCGGAGAAUUUCUAACAUUAAUCUGUCUAUUAAGGUGUGUUGUGUAGGACGUGCAGUGAUGUACAUGUUCACCAGUGAUUCCCUUCAGUCCGCACUGCCACUGCUGCAGUCCUGCAUUGAUGGACACGUUUCUUACACUAAGCGCCUGCUGGAGACCGGAUUUGACCCAAACACACGUGACUAUCGCGGACGCUCAGGAAUGCACCUUGCUGCGGCACGUGGAAACGUGGAGAUCUGCCGCCUGCUACACAAGUUUGGAGCAGACCUGCUGGCCACUGACACGCAGGGGAACACGGCUCUACACGUGUGUGGACACGUGGACACCAUCCAGUUCCUAGUGUCCAACGGACUCAAGAUCGACAUCUGUAAUCACAAUGGAGCGACUCCUCUGGUCCUGGCUAAGAGGCGCGGUGUAAACAGAGAUGCUCUCCGGCUGCUGGAAGGACUGGAGGAGCAGGAGGUGAAGGGCUUCAACCGCAGCUCCCACUCCAGCCUGGAGAAGAUGCACAUAGCAGAUAAUGAGAGAGUGGUGUGAGAUCUCACCCAGAGUCCCAGGCUGUUAGUGAUGGAGGCGAGGAGGAGGCAGGCGGAGGCUAAACGUGACGCUCGCUCCGGCACCAGCUCCAGCUCCAUCAGGCUCAGUUCACACACAUAGCGCGCUAAAGUUAGCGUCUCCAUGCUAGCAUGAGCCACCUGUGGGUUUGGGUCACAGUUAUAUCACAGGUACAAACUCAGUGUCUACAGAAGGAAGCUUUUAUAAUCUCUUCUUAACGUUCUUGGAAGCUUUUAGCUUUUUGUUGUUUUACUGGAGAUUUGAAUUGACUGAGUAUUAAAAUCUGUAUCAUCAUCAUCAUCAUCAUCGGAGUGUAAAUCAGGCGCUUCAUCAACCUGCCUGUGGGAAUUAUUAUCAGCACUGUACAUAAUGUUUAUUAAAUUAAAAGCAACUCAUAAUGAAAGCAUGAAACUCUCCAACCUUUGCGUAACGCCUGAGGAACGUGUAAGGCACAGGGAUGUUAAUGUCAAAGUUAAGUCCUUGGAGAAUUUUCCUUUCCAUAACAAGGAAUUCCUGUCUCUCAUAAGCAUCAUCACAAAUGUACAGGAAGUCUUCAACCCCCGGAGGACAGCGUUCCUGCACAAACAUGAGAAAUAAACUUUAUUAAACAGUUAAAAGCACAGAGGAACAAAACCCAACUAAUGCUGAUCAUGAACCUGAGCAGGUGGAUUCACACUUCCAUCGUGAUCCUCAGCUUUCAUUAGAAGUUGUUGCAUCUUAGUAGUAAAAAAAUCAUUACAUGUCAAUCUGUACAAUAAAAUUUGUUGUCUUA